UCCCCAGCGCGUCCGACGACUUCCAAUCGCUCGAGAAAUUGUUCGAAGGAAAAAAACAGCCAUCCGUUACACGACACGACGCCUGAGCCCGGCAUCUGCCUUGGCCAUUCGCUCGACGAAAACGACCCCCCUGUCUAAGUUAAUCCGCCACUUGGUUUCUGUGGCUUCAAGCCCUUUGGGAAACGACAGACGCAGAAGGAAAUCAUGCGGCAGUCCGCUGUGGUUGCUGCGCUUCUGGGCGCCGGGUCGGCCUUUGCGGCUGCGUCGUGCUCGCUGACCAAGAAGUGCCCCAAAGAGUCGCCCUGCUGCUCCCAAUAUGGUGAAUGCGGCGUCGGCGCGUACUGCCUCGGCGGCUGCGACCCCCGAAUGUCCUUCUCGCUCGACUCGUGCACGCCCGAGCCCGUGUGCAAGUCCAAGACGAUGACGUUCGACUCCAAGCUCAGCACCAUCAAAGACAUUGGCGACUACCUCGGCGACCCGUCCACGGCCGAGUGGAUGUCCCAGGGCGAGCCCGCCUACUACGACGGCAACGUGCUGCUGACCAUGCCCAAGAACAGCGUCGGCACCGUCCUGGCCACCACCGAGUACAUGUGGUACGGCAACGUCAAGGCCAAGUUCAAGACGAGCCGCGGCCGGGGCGUCGUCACUGCCUUCAUCCUGCUGUCGGACGUCAAGGACGAGAUUGACUAUGAGUUUGUCGGCGUUGACCUGGGCACCGCGCAGACCAACUGGUAUUUCCAGGGCAUUCCGGACUACAACAACUCGGGCAACAUCACCCUCUCCGACACCUUCGACAACUACCACGUCUACGAAAUCAACUGGACCCCCGACAUGAUCCAGUGGCUCGUCGACGGCAAGGUCGGCCGCACCGUCUACCGCAAGGACCACUGGAACGCCACCUCCAACCAGUGGUCCUUCCCCCAGACCCCGGCCCGUGUCCAAAUCUCCAUCUGGCCCGGUGGCCUCGCCAGCAACGCCCAGGGAACCAUCGACUGGGCCGGCGGCCUGAUUGACUGGAACGCCCCGGACAUUCAAAAAUCGGGCUACUUCUACGCCACCUUCGAGUCCGUCACCGUCGACUGCUACAAUGCCACCAAGGGCAUCGGCUCCAGCGACGGCACCAGCUACACCUACGACAACAUCCGCGGCACCAACGACACCGUCGUCGUCGGCGACAAGCGCACCAACCUGGCCUCGCUCGAGGGCACCGGCACCGACAUGGACGCCGGCAAGCCCGAUACGUCGUCGUCGGCCUCGGCCUCGGGAACCGCCACCAAGUCGUCCGACAAGCCCAAGAACACGCAGGCCCAGAUUCCCGGUGGUGGCAGCGCCCCUGGCCAAGUGCCCGGCGGCGGCUCAAGCGACAAGGGAGGAAGCUCUGGAUCCAGCGACGGUGGCAGCAGCGGCGGUAGCAGCUCUGACGGAAGCGACGGCGGCAGUUCCACCCCUGCGGACACCUCUGGCUGCUCCACGACCAGCUUCAACCAGGACUGCAGCAGCGACAGCGACACCAGCGGCAGCAAGAGCGGCGACAAGAAUGCCGGCUCCAAGGCGGGUGUCAGCGCUCUGGCAAUGGGCCUGGCCGGUGCCGCGCUGUGUCUGGUGUAAGUGGUGAGGAGUCGGGUUCUGGAUAUCUUUUGUUUGUAUUUUGCUGGCUUUAUAAUAUUCUCCCCCAUGUUGAGCCGAUUUUGGUUAUAUGGAAUGUCUUUAUGCAUACACGCAGUCGAGGAUUGUCUCGUUGUAAUUGGACAGAUGUGCGAUGAUAAUAACGAUUUGGGGAGGACUUAAUCUUGGAUGUAUCUAGGAGAUGCAGUGGUUGUAUUUAUGGGCAGAUUGACUGAUUACAUUCU